AAAAGAAGAGAGCUUGUUCUCGUUGAAGUUUAUUUUGUUAGGGUUUUCUUUCUACGUUUGAUUCUUGGUUUGUGGUUUGUGGCUGGUGACAUGUCGUUGUACAAGAAUAUUAACGAGAUUCCCCAACCUCGGGAUUUGAUGAUCAUGGUUGAUCACAAGAGCAACGCUGUAUUAUUACCAAUAUACGGCAUCAUGGUUCCAUUCAACGUGACUACAAUAAGAACAGUCUUAGGCAAUCAAAAUACCAUCCGUAUCAUCUUCAAUGUCCCGGGUACACCCUUAAACCCUAAUGACUCAAACUCUUUGAAAAAUCAGGACGCUAUUUACAUCAAGGAGGUUUCUUUCCGGACCAAGGAUUCAAAGCAUAGCAGCCAAGUAGUUCAGUCGUUUAAGACGCUUAAACGGAAAGUCACGUCCCGGGAGUCAGAGAGAGUGGAAAGAACGUCAUUGGUGACUCAAGAGAAACUUAAGAUUGCAAGUAACAAGUCCAAACCCUUAAGGUUGCCGAACCUAUGGAUCCGUCCGCCUUUUAGUGGGCGCAAGAAGAUUCGUGGGACACUGGAAGCUCAUGCCAAUGGUUUCAGGUAUUCAACGACCAACGACCGCGUGGAUGUCCUGUUUGCAAACAUAAAGCAUGCGUUUAUCCAACCGGCUGAGAAGGAGAUGACCACCCUCCUUCAUUUUCAUUUGCAUAACCACAUCAUGGUAGGAACCAAGAAGACAAAGGACGUCCAGUUUUAUGUGGAGGUAAUGGAUGCUGUGCAGUCUUUAGGUGGUGGGAGGAGAUCAUCAGCCUAUGAUCUAGAUGAGAUAGAUGAAGAACAGCGAGAGCGCGAUAGGAAGAACAAGAUCAACAUGGAGUUCAAUCAUUUUGCUAACCGGGUCAAUGAUAUGUGGCAACUACCCCAGUUUGCAAGUCUUGGCCUAGAGUUUGAUCAACCUCUGAGAGAGCUUGGUUUCCAUGGUGUUCCGCAUAAGACAUCUUCAUUCAUUAUACCGACCUCGAGCUGCUUAGUUGAGCUGACAGAACACCCGUUCCUCGUGGUAAGUCUGAGUGAGAUUGAGAUAGUGAAUCUUGAAAGAGUUGGGUUUGGGCAGAGGAGCUUUGACAUGGCUAUUAUCUUCAAGGACUUCAAGAAAGAUGUUCUCAGGGUUGACUCAGUUCCCACAAGUUCGCUAGAGGGGAUAAAGGAGUGGCUUGACACUAUAGAUAUACAGUACUACGAGAGCAAACUGAAUCUGAACUGGAGACAGAUCCUGAAGAAGAUCACGGAUGAUCCACAGAGCUUUAUAGAUGAUGGAGGAUGGGAGUUUUUGAAUCUGGACGGAAGUGAUUCAGAAUCUGGAGGCUCUGAGGAGUCAGACAAAGGAUAUGAACCGUCAGAUGUAGAGGCUGAGUCUGAGUCAGAGGAUGAAGAAGAAGAGGAGUCAGAGGAUGAAGAAGAAGAGGACUCAGAGCAAGAGUCAGAGGAAGAGAAAGGUAAGACUUGGGAUGAACUUGAGAGAGAAGCUACUAAUGCAGACACAGAGCAUGGAGUUCAGUUUGAUAGUGAGGAAGAGAGGAGGAGAAGGAAGAUGAAAGCGUUUGGGAAAUCGCGACCUGGAACUAGCGGUGGAGGCGGUCGUAGCAGCAUGAAGAACAUGCCACCAUCUAAACGCAGUAAGCACAGGUGAAAAAAAAAAGUCAAAAAUUUC